CUUAAUAUUCAGAGCAUAGUAACUGUUGCUUUAAAAUUUUUGUCUUUAUUUGAUUGUUAAAAAUAUUUCAAAUUAUUGUCAGCCGCCCCAUCAUAUCGAUAUAUUAUCAACAUCGCAACCCAAAUUUGCACAUCACUCUUCACCACAACCAUUCUUGGGAUGAGCCGUCGGUUCGGAUAAAAAUAUUUAUUUAUUUCGUACGCAAAUCCUAUUCCCUGUUAUUCGUGCACUUGCAUUGAAUGUGGCUUUGUGCAAGCAGGCGAUGGCUUUAUAAAACCAUAGGCAUUUUCAGAACAUGGCUUCAAGCUAGUUUCAAUCACUUUCACUUACACCAGCUGAAACGUCGCGGCUGAAAAAAAGCAAAAGUGUCUUGUGUAUACAAAAUAGGAAAGAAAAGACCAAUGAGUGUUCGCCUCAAUUAACUGGCUGUGAUUCACCGAAAAAAAAAUUGAACUACCUAAACGACCUCCCAAUCUGGCAGCACCUUUCCAGCCUAUUUAACGGAGGCUGCACUUGGAGCUGGUUCGUGUGGUCAUUUCAACAGCGGCAGCACGCACACACAGCACACACUUUAACUAACCCGCACCCGCAUCCACAAACACAUUCAAACAUAGACACACACACAGUGCUCGGCUGUAUACGCGUAUAGCAUGGGCAACGAGGACAAUCGACGAAGGAAGACUCCUUGCGGCUGCUGCAUGUCUGUUUUCAAGUGGAUACCCGUUCUCUUCAUCUUCGCCGUAAUUGGCUGGUCCUACUACGCCUAUGUGGUGGAGCUAUGUGUCCUGAAAACGGAGAAUCGUGUCGCAAUGGCAUUCAUGCUGCUCUUCUAUCAUAUUGCACUCUUAUUGUUUCUAUGGUCGUACUGGCAAACAAUCAGCACAUCGGUGGGCCGCGUGCCGGAUCAGUGGCGCAUACCGGAUGAGGAGGUGAAUCAGCUAUUCCGCGCGGAUAAUCAGGAGACACAAAAGCGUAUUUUAAACAAUUUUGCGCGCAAUUUGCCGGUCACAAAUCGCACAAUCAACGGCUCUGUGCGCUUCUGUGAGAAAUGCAAAAUCGUGAAGCCGGAUCGAUCGCAUCAUUGCAGCGUCUGCAGCUGCUGUGUGCUGAAAAUGGAUCAUCAUUGUCCCUGGGUGAACAAUUGCGUUAACUUUUCCAAUUACAAGUUUUUUGUACUGUUCUUGGGCUAUGCACUGAUCUACUGUCUGUACGUUGCCUUAACCACGCUGCAUGAUUUCAUACAGUUCGUCAAGAAUGAAAAUGGUCUUGGUGUCUUGGAACAGGGCCAGCCAACCGGCAACGGCAUGGGACGCUUUCACAUACUCUUUCUGUUCUUCAUAUCGAUCAUGUUUGCCAUUAGUUUGGUGAGCCUGUUCGGCUAUCACAUCUACCUGGUGCUCGUCAAUCGCACCACAUUGGAGGCAUUUCGCGCGCCCAUCUUUCGUGUCGGCGGACCGGACAAGAAUGGCUAUAAUCUGGGCCGUUAUGCCAACUUCUGCGAGGUCUUUGGCGACAAGUGGGAGCUAUGGUUCCUGCCCGUGUUCACCAGUAAGGGCGACGGAUUGAGCUACAAAACGUCGAGCGAUCAGACGGGCGGCCCUGGCCGUGGCUAUGAGGCCAUGGGCAAUACGACAGCGAAUGCGGCCAGCAACAGGUUAGAUGUCCAACCCACAGAUAAGUUGAUUGACGCUAUUCCACUCAAUAAUCAUCAACCUCAUCUGGAGCUAGACAACGGUCAAUCAUCUAGCCACAAUCAUCCACUAAUACCGCCUAGUCAAGUCGUUGUCAAUAUUGAACAAACAGCAGCGGGUGCAGCGGGUGCAUCGACGGCGGCUGCCACCAACCAUGUCAUCGAUAUGAUCGGUGACCAGGUAAUGACCGUACCGGCGCCACCUGCCAAGGAUCUGAAUGUGCUCAAUGGCGGACCACCUGCGAUACCUGCUGAUAAUGUUGUGUAAAAAUAUGCAUUCAAUUCAGUUCAAUACCAAUCAUGUUCGAUUUUUGAAUACUGAUAGCUGCCAGAGCUUUGUAAAUGUGUGUGUGCGUGUGUGUGUGUGUGUGCGUGUGUGUAUGUAUUUAAUAUACUCGUAAGUCUAAUGAAUGGAUAUAGUGUGAGAUAAUCGUAAUUGUAAAAUGUAUAACAGCUGUUUUUACCUGUAGCUCUGCUUGCCCAGUUCCCCACUGACUGCUGAAUGCAAGAAUACAAAUGUGUUAUCUAUACAAAUAUCAAUUUGAAUGAGACUAUCAUAAAUAUACAUAUAUAUUUCAUUAGGAGUAUGGAUAAAAAGCAAACACUAAAUGUAA